GAAUAGUAGUGGAAGACUGUCUCCUCCUAUUACAAAACUUGCUGAAGAAUAAUAAUUCCAAUCAGAAUUUCUUCAAAGAAGGUUCGUACAUUCAGCGUAUGAAGCCUUGGUUUGAAGUCGGCGAUGACAACUGUGGGUGGUCUGCGCAGAAAGUAACUAAUCUUCACCUGAUGCUGCAGCUUGUGCGGGUACUCGUGUCUCCCACAAACCCCCCUGGUGCUACCAGCAGCUGUCAGAAGGCCAUGUUUCACUGUGGGUUGCUACAGCAGCUCUGCACGAUCUUUUUUCCUGCUGACAUCCUGACAGAAACCAUAAAUACUGUAUCAGAGGUCAUUCGAGGAUGCCAGAUGAAUCAAGACUACUUUGCCUCUGUAAAUGCACCUUCUAAUCCACCGAGGCCUGCAAUUGUCGUACUCCUGAUGUCCAUGGUAAACGAAAGGCAGCCUUUUGUGCUACGUUGUGCUGUUCUCUAUUGUUUCCAGUGCUUUCUAUACAAAAACCAAAAAGGACAAGGAGAAAUCGUCUCAACGCUUCUGCCAUCUACUAUUGACGCUACAGGUAACUCGGUCUCAGCUGGUCAGCUGCUCUGCGGGGGCCUUUUUUCCACGGACUCUCUCUCAAACUGGUGUGCCGCUGUGGCCCUGGCCCACGCGUUACAGGAAAACGCCACGCUGAAAGAACAGCUCCUGCGAGUGCAGCUGGCGACGAGCAUCGGCAACCCCCCAGUGUCGCUGCUGCAGCAGUGCACCAACAUCCUCUCGCAGGGCAGCAAAGUGCAGACCAGGGUUGGAUUACUGAUGUUGCUUUGUACCUGGCUAAGCAGCUGCUCCAUUGCUGUCACCCACUUCCUUCACAAUCCAGCCAACGUACCUUUUCUCACAGGGCAGAUAGCUGAAAACCUCGGAGAAGAGGAGCAGCUUGUCCAAGGCCUGUGUGCACUUUUGCUUGGCAUUUCCAUCUACUACAAUGACAAUUCCCUUGAAAAUUAUAGGAAAGAGAAGCUGAAGCAGCUGAUAGAGAAGAGGAUUGGCAGGGAGAACUUCAUUGAGAAGCUUGGCUUCAUUAGCAAACAUGAACUUUAUUCCAGAGCUGCUCAGAAACCACAGCCUAGUUUUUCUAGCCCAGACCACAUGAUGUUUGAUCAUGAAUUUACGAAGCUUGUAAAGGAAUUGGAAGGUGUCAUAAGUAAAGCUAUUUACAAGUCCAGUGAGGAAGAUAAAAAGGAGGAGGAGGUCAAGAAGACAUUGGAACAGCAUGACAACAUUGUGACUCACUACAAGAAGGUCAUCAGAGAGCAGGACCAGGAGCUUGAAGAAUUAAAACAACGAAUUAACACUUUAACAUCUCAGAAUGAACAGCUCCAAGCAACGGUUACGCAGCAAGUGUCGCAGAUCCAGCAGCAUAAGGACCAGUACAAUCUCCUUAAAGUACAGCUAGGAAAGGACACUCAGCAUCAUAAUUCCCACAGCGAUACGUUUCAGAUGAACGGCAUUCAGACAGAAGAAGUGAGCAGGUUGAAAGAAGAGUUGGAAGAAUGGAAAAGCAAGCAUGAACUGCUACAAGGGCAGUUGAGGGAAAGGGAUUCUGUGAUUGAAAAAUUGAACUCGUCACAGUUGGAAAUGGGAACACCAGAACAGCCUUCACAGACCAGCAAAUCCGGUGGCUUGGAGCUCAGUAAUGAACUACAGAAGGAAUUAGAAGUGCUCAGGAGUCAGCUACAACUACAGUCUGCAGAAAUCUCUAAGCUUCAGAUGGAGAAUCAAAAGCUGCAAGUAAUGAAUACAACCGCAGAUCCUGUGCUAGGAGAUGGUGCGACAGCAGCAAACAGCUCUGAACUGGAGGGACGACUUCAGCAAGAAAUAAAAGAACUGGAGAGUGAAGUCAAAGCCCUUUCCGAGGAAAAAGAGUCACUAAAACAGCACUUGGAUUCAUCCAGUAGUACGGUUGCUAUCUUGCAAGAUGAGAAAAGUAAACUUCAGCAAGAAGUUGCAGAAUCAAAGAAAGAACAGGAUGAUCUUCUGGUGCUGUUGGCUGACCAGGAUCAGAAACUCUCUGCACUGAAGAUCAAAUUGAAGGAUCUUGGUGUACCGGUUGAAGAUGAAGAUGAUAUUGAAUCUGGAGAUCAAGGGGAUGAAGAUGAGGAUGGGGAUGAAGAGGAGCAAGACUAG